AAACAAAAACCAUAAACCUCUUCACAUCAAAUCUACCAUUUCUUUUUCUUUGUCCCUCUCCAUGUGAACCGCCCUUAAUUUACCCUCUUCUCUCUCUACACUCGUCUGUGGCACAAACAUCCAUACACACUCUCAAAUACACUCCCAAAAUACACAUCUAUACGUACACCUAUACACACACACACACUCAUAUAUAGUCAUCAUCUUCACCUUCACCUCCUGACCUUCAUUCAGGGGAGUGUGCAAGCUGGCACCAUUGCAUGCUCUCCCAACUAAUAAUAUAUAUAAAAAAGACCAAAACUUUACUCUUUUCUAAAACCCCCAAAAAUCAUAUAGACUAAUAAUAAUUUCAAGAUUCAAUAUUUAAGAUUUUAGCCUUUCAUUUCCAUAGAUCUAGCUCUAAAAUGAAAUUAGUCCAAAAAGAUUCAGAAAAAAUCAUAUGGGAUCAAAUGAGAUCCAACACGACAACACCUAUUCGGGUCAAUUCCGGGUAUCCAUAUCCAAAACUUAUGCUUUAUCUAAUCUUGUUUGUGUGUGCUACAUAUCUUGUCUACACUCUAAAGCUUCUCAACACACCAACUUCAUGUACCAACAAUGAUCAAGAUUUAAUCUUUUUAACUCAUAACACUAUACCCAACAAAACCCAUUUCCCGCCGGCGCCGGCGGCCAUUGUGCCGGAAAAAACAGAGCUCAAACACAUAGUUUUUGGGAUAGCUGCCUCAGCUAAGCUAUGGGAAAAAAGGAAAAAUUACAUUAAAUUAUGGUGGAAAACGGAGGAAAAAAUGAAGGGUAUUGUUUGGUUAGAUUCUCCGGUGAAAACCCAGAUCGGCGAAAAUGAUGGGUUGCCGCCGGUGAAGAUUUCCGGCGAGACAUCACAUUUUGCUUACAAGAAUAAACAGGGGCAUAGGUCAGCAAUAAGGAUAUCAAGAAUAAUAUCUGAGACAAUAAGAUUGAAAAAUAUGAAUAAUGUGAGAUGGUUUGUGAUGGGUGAUGAUGAUACAGUUUUUAUAACUGAAAAUCUUGUUAGAGUGUUGAAUAAAUAUGAUCAUAAUCAGUUUUGGUAUAUUGGAAGUUUGUCUGAAAGUCAUUUACAAAAUAUAUAUUUUAGCUAUGGAAUGGCUUAUGGCGGUGGUGGUUUUGCUAUAAGUUAUCCAUUAGCUAAAGCUUUGGAAAAGAUGCAAGAUAGAUGUAUUCAGAGGUAUCCUGGACUGUAUGGCUCAGAUGAUCGGAUGCAAGCUUGUAUGGCUGAACUUGGUGUGCCACUUACUAAAGAACUUGGCUUUCAUCAGUAUGAUGUAUAUGGUAACUUAUUCGGGCUGCUUGCUGCACAUCCUGUAACACCAUUAGUCUCGUUGCACCAUCUUGAUGUUGUCGAACCAAUUUUCCCGGAGGUGACACGGGUUGAAGCUUUAAAAAGACUAAUGCAACCAAUGAAACUCGACUCGGCGGGGCUCAUACAACAAUCAAUUUGUUAUGAUCCAUCCAAGAGUUGGACGGUUUCAGUUUCUUGGGGGUUUGCAAUUCAAGUGUUCAGAGGAAUCUUGUCCCCCCGUGAGGUAGAAAUGCCAUCUAGAACUUUUUUGAAUUGGUAUCGAAGAGCAGAUUACACAGCAUAUGCAUUCAACACACGUCCGGUUGCCAGGAACCCAUGUCAAAAACCAUUUGUAUUCUAUAUGACGAAGGUUCGGUUAAAUUCUACGACUAAUAUGACUACUAGCGAAUAUGCACGCCAUCGUGUGCCUCAUCCGGCUUGCAAAUGGAAGAUGGCAGAUCCUUCCAAUCUGGAUAAAGUUGUCGUUUAUAAAAGACCCGAUCCACAAUUAUGGGACAGGUCUCCCCGAAGAAACUGUUGCAGGGUUUUGGAGUCAAAGAGAAAAGGUUUGGUUGUGGAUGUUGGCUUAUGUGGAGAUGGCGAGAUUAGUGAAGUAUAAUAACAAGCAUUGCUUAUUUUCUUGUAAGAUAUUCUUUUAUGUCAAUUUUUAGUAUAAUUUCUUUAAUUUAUUUCAAAAUUUCACGCAUUUAGCUACUAUCGUACAUGGGUUCUUUGUUCCUUCCCCGUUCUCACUGACACAUUAGAUUAGGAAUUAUGUCAAUGUAUACACUUUUGUGGCUUACACGCAAUAAACAUGAUUAUUGGUAGAAUUAUUUAGUUA